CUAGUGGCAAAAGUAAUGUUUGGUCUUUUGAAUACCACACAAAUCUAUGGCAUACAACAACAACAACAUCCAGAACAUGAAUCACAGCUACAAUUAAAUUCCCCCUUAGCCACGAUCACAACCACCUCACAAACAUCAUUAAAUCAUCAAACCAAACAAGCCCACCGUAGAACUAAUUCUUCCGUUUCGGAUAACGGCAAUAGAUUUUUUGCCUCUUUAGCCUCUAAAAAUCCCACAAAUUUUAUAGAGAAAUUUCUGAAAACCGAUCUUCUAAGUACCUAUGAUAACAUAAAGAAUUAUCGUAAUUAUUCCUCAACAUCGCCCAAUCAAUCAAACGCAACCAAUAAACGUAAUUCAGAUCCUUUAUAUGCUGAGAGUAGUAGUGGCAAAUUGUCUACUUUCAAUUGUUUGCAUGGCAGUUAUCGUCAUAGUUUUGAUGGUGAAUUCUAUGAUCGUGUAAAAGUCAAUAAUAGCCACAAUAGCAAGGAUUCAAUUAACUCAGAUUUGCCUAAAACGGCUGAAAUGACUAUUAAGUGUUCCAAGAAUUUAUUAGCUGUUGAACCAGUCGAACAGGGCCCGGCCACUUUACAAAACUAUCAGAAGAUACCAGAAAGUGAACAUGACUUAUUGGUGGACUCGUUAGUGGUGUCGAGUGGUGCCAGUUCGGGUGAGUUUAAUAGCAGCAGUGAUGCUACGACCACAACAACUGGCAAUACCAGCAGCAAUAGUAUCUCAUCGUCGUUGUCUUCAUCGAAUCUUUAUAAAAGACUUUCUUUUGGCGGUCGCAAUUCACAGAAUACGAAGCAGGAGAAAAAUGGAGAGAAUAGUGCGCAGGCGCAACAGCAGCUGCAACAACAACAACAACAAGAUGGGGUUACUGAUAACUCUAUAACACUCAAUCUAUCGUCAUCAAUAAUACCCUGUUUGAAAGUAAUCGAUCUACAGCGCAGCAGCUCAUCAACUUCAUCCUCUGGAGAUUUUCUCAGCAAACGAGAGCGUAAAAAAGGUGCCAUGACACCGCAACCGGAAAAGACGCCACUGGCAAAUCUACUCUCACCCUCAUCCACAUCCUCAGCACCGCAUACACCCAAUAGCUCAGCCCUUACACCCGAAAAGGCUCAAAGACGUAAACUACUGCAAAUGCUGUCCAAUUAUGACCAACAAAAUAAACUCUUGCAACGUGAAUUGGCCAAAGAGAAGCGUAGACGUACCGAGGAAUUGGCCUGUGUAGUGAAGUCAUUAUUGUGUUUUGAAUCAAAAUUGAAAACCGAUAUGAAAUCGGUUAAUCAACGUAUGCAGGAGAAAGAUGGUGAAAUUUGCCGUUUGGUUAGACAGAAUAGAGCUUUGCGCAAGAAAUUGUCUAAGCUGCAGGAGGAGGCGAGAGAGUGUGCCCAGGAUGAGGGUGUGGUGGAGGAUGGUGAUAAUGAAGAUGGUGAUAAGGAGACAAAAGAUUUACUCGAAGACUGUUUAGUUUUGGAAGCCUUACAAUGCAUCAAUUGCAGCAAGCAAUUCUAUGACAUUGAAGUAACAGACAACUGCACACAGACAGGAGUGGGAAGCGGCUCCCUGAAGGAUGGUAAUGGCAGUAGGAAUAAUGAUGAUCCCACAACUGAACUCGGCUCUUCGAGUGAUGAUACCGUCUCAUCAUCGUUUUUCGGAGCCAGACGCAGUGUACGCUAUACCAGCAAACGAACCUCGGGCACAUUUCGUGAUUAUAUGCGCUCCCGAGCCAUGAACAUCGACGGUCCAGCCUUGGAAGGCGACCUCAAUUCCGAAGAAUAUCCCAGCACCAUAAGUCGUGACGAUUCUCAGACGAGCUAUGAAAAACUCAACAUCUACUCGAGGACCAUGGAACGCAUGCAUGGUGUGAAGAGCGAAAGUGAACGUGAUUCGGAGCACAGUGGUUUGGACACCUCAUCCUCGGUGACACGUUCUAACUCACGAGCCAGUACAAAAAGUUCCAAGAGCACCAUUAGUACGGCCACCAGCAAAGCCAGCGAUAUGAGUCAGAAUCUGGAAGAGGAUGAUGGCAUAUUCUCACCCACCCAGGAUGAAGACUAUGAGGAGGAAAUGGAGGGUAAAUUAAAAAUAGUGAGAGGACGUGCUAUGGAAGCGUUUUCGGAAGCUUCGCCCAAACAAAUCUACGAAACCUCAACAGAUGAUUGGUAUGCUAGUGCUUCGGAUCAGGAGGAAAUUCCGGGUUCGGUGGGUGCCAAAUCCUAUGGCCAGGGUGCUGUUAAUCCCGUGCUAGAGUGUGUCAAUCAGAUACUGUUACAGCAGAGUAUGGAAGGUGUAGAAGAAAGAUCUCAAACUCCCAAAAAUUCUACCACACUACCCAGACGCAGUUCAUUAAGUGAUAGACGCAAUCAAAGAAGCAAUAGUCGAGCUAGUGAUGGUGCUACACCCAAUUCCCGUAAUGGUACUUUAACACGCAAACGUGUGCAUUUCUCCACUAAAAACAGUAUGGUGCAUGUGCCGCGCAACGAUGAAACCGAAGAAGAUGAGGAAGAUGGCGUUUCCGAACUUAAAACCACAAAUAUGAUCUCAAAUUAUCAGGGUAUGACGGCCUAUAUAACACAUUCACCAGCCUUGGAUGUUAGCAAUCAAGCCGAACGUUUGGAAACAUUUAACUAUGAAAGUAUUUACAGUAAUGAGUAUGAACCCAUAGGCUCAGAGUUAAACUCCUCUAAUUUAUAUGUGGAUAUGGAUUUAACUAAUAAAACUGCAAGCAACUCGACAGAGAUUGCCAGCAAAACAAACAAAUUGCCACCAGCCUUGCCACCUAAACCAGCUAAUUUGUUAAAAUUUAAAAAAUCUUUGCAACAACUUGAUGAAUCACCCGAUGAGCUGAUAGAGGCCCACAAUACCGAGGUCAUGGUGGAGCCUGAUUAUUGUUCCAUAUCCGAGGUGAAUGUAGGCAUUACCAGUGUGCAAAUAAGGGCUGAUAUACAUAGAGCUCCCUUGUCGGAACGUGAUUUAGAAUCGGUGAUAGAACAGGAAAAUGAUUUAGAUGCGGCAACGGUUGUGUCUGAGGCCGCCUCACAAAAGACUGAAGAAAUUGAAGAGAUUUUUGCUGAUAUACCAAAGUUACCCAAUGUGGCUGCCAUUAUAGCUCCUAAAUCGUCAUUGAAACAAAAUGAUUAUUUAAUAAUGACACCCAAAACUGAAGCAACUAAACUGGGUAUUAUGGGCCUAAUGCCCCCUAAUGCCACUAGUUCGCCUAAUGCUACACUAAAACUACAUACAAACACAACCACCAAACCAGAUCGAAACUCUUUGAAAUUGAAUUUAACGCCCAUUAAUGGCAUACUCACCAACUCCUUAAAGCCUGCCAAAGUGGAUACCUGCUCUUUAAGACCCCAAAUCAGUUCGGCCAAUUACCAACAGCAAUAUAAACGUAAACACAUGCCAAAUAUCUUACAAGAAAUCAAUAAAAGAUUAAGUUUACCCAAUUCUCCCCUAACGCCCACAACACCCAAAUCCUCUUUAUAUGGCAAAUCCACAAAUGAAAACGAAUCUCUGACGAGUUUGCCUCUACAGGCCGAAUUCGAUUGGUAUAAUUUGGAUGCCGAAUAUGGCAAAAACUCGCAAUCUGAUUUACCCAAGGUCAAUGAAACUCUCAAUACUGUUAUGCCCACCCUAUUGGCCGAUAUCAAAGAAGAUGGUGAAAGUUUGUUAACCACGGCCGAUGAAUACAAUUUGGAUGAGGAGUAUAGCAAUGAACUGGAGCAAGAAACCAUAUCCAACAAAUUAUACAUUGAUUCCGAGACAUUGUGUGAAGCCAUUAAUCCCUCCAACAACAAGGCUAAGAAAAUCCGAAAGAAUUUAGCCAAUUUUGAGAAAUUUAUUGAGAAUACUUCACUGACCAGCAAACCUAUGCCCACAAAACGUAAAAUCUAUUUUGCUGGACCAUUUGUGUGAUAAAUAAAGAGAGAAAGAAAAAAAUUUGCAAAAUUUUUUUUUGUUUUUUUUUUUACUAAAAUAAAAGAAAUAUUAUUUACUUGAUUAUUUUAUAGCAUUUUUUUGUUAUUAUUUUAUAGAAUAUUUUAUAAUCAUUAUUGCUCCUGAAACUUUUUUAAUUUUAAAUAAUUUUAUUUUACUUAAUUAACAAACACACAUCUUCCUAGUAUUUCUGAAAUUUAUGGAAUACCCUAAACAAAAACACUUAUUAUUUUAUUUUCUUAGUAGUAAGAAACCAAAAUUUGUAUACUACUUUAGUUUAAACUAAGAAAAUAUUAGACAAAUUAAAUAAAAUUGUAUUAAUAAAACAAGCAAACAAAUUAUAUUAUAAUAAAACUAUUCAAACAAUUUAAA